AUGGCGAGUCCUCAGGAUUCGGAAGCCGCAAAAACGUUUGACCAUCAUAGCAAGGGGUUCACCCUGGUUCUCCGCCUCAUAACCCUGGUGAUACUGGUGACCCUGUUGACCUUCCAUGUGAGGUCUAUGAGGGUGUUUAGGUGGGAACAGUCUGUGAGUGGGGGGUUGCUCGUGACUUAUGUCGUGGCCGUUUUGGGGUUAGCUUUGGGCGCUGGGCUGCAGCAGGGAGCUGGAAUGGUGUUUCAGGCCUACAUCUGUUCGACAGGAGUGAUCUUUUUCUGUAUCAACGCGGCGGUUAUUUUCCAAAGAUGGCGCAGGGCUGGACAGCUAACUCGCGUCGUUGCCGAGCUCCUUGGUCUCCUGGGGGUGCCGCUCCGGAGGCAGGUUACAAUAAAGGUGGCUCUAAGCGCCGCGGCCGCCGCAAUCCUGCUUAUCGACCUGGCGAUCGGGAUAACUAUAGUAUCAAAAUAAACAUCAAGAAGAAAUGCAUGACCGUCAUGGGGAUGUUCUUCUUCCUUCUUAAUAAGGCAAAGAGGAUGGUCCAGCAUCAAGAUAAUGGGAAAAUCACUCCUUUCAUUUACACACAAGAAGUUGAUGACAAUGGUGUUAUAAUAUACACAUAUGUUAACUAAAGCCUGUGUUCUAUUCACUUUAGAGUGAAUAUAAAUAAGAACCUGGGUAGAGAAGUUUGCUUUUAACACGAUUCACGACCUUUUGCUAAUUAUUAAUUAAAUCACUGUGUUGUCAAAGUAUGAUUGCAAGUGUCUUCUGUAUAACAUUUUUCAAUUCAAGCUCAAAUUCCACGUCAAAGCUGCUGAGAAACCAAGUUUCGGUCUGAUUGAUCUAACAAUGUAUCUUGUAAACGGUUUUUAUCCAACAUCGCAGAGGUAGACUGCAAAUUGCAGACACAUUACUAACAAGAGACGCUAAAAAUAAUGCAGGCAUCAGGAAAUUUUCGGGUCGGCGAUUGACAGCACUGAGACAUUCUAAUGUAACAUUUUCACUGGUGUUUCUUUGUUACAUUGAAUGUCUACUAUCACGGACCUGAAAAUCUCUUGAUGCCUAUCACUGAAAAAAAUGUUUGGUUACUGCUUGCACAACAAAAGUGACCACCGAACUAAUUGUUAACUAUAACCAAACUAAGUCUAGCUAGCUCACUACAGAAUUAUUUGUUUAAUUUACACAACAUUUUGUUCCUCAUAACCAAAGUGUUCGGUGGUCACUUUUGUUGUGUAAGCAGUAAUCAAACAUUUUUUUUCAGUGUACAUUCUUUAGCGCCUUGUUAGUAAUUUUUCAAUGCAGUAACAGUAGCAUCACCUAACUAUCAAAUUCGGGCCGAUUAAAUCAUUAACAUCAGAAAGUCGUGAGUGCUCUGGCUAUUCCAACUAAAUAACCGUCUCUGCCCGGAAAUAAUUCCAAAUUUAUAACGAUCCAUGACGUGAACCAGUUAAGGGGAAAGCGGGGUCGAAUGCCCUCGGCAAAAUUUAAC